CUCCAGUACAAUCAUCCAUUUCAUUCCUUCCUUCCUUCCUCAUAUCUUCUUCUUCCUUCCUGCCCAUACGCUCUCACAACAGAUCACACGCUACAGCUGCGGCAACGGCCUCAAAAGCACCCAUCCACUACAGACACAAGCCACCGCGAACAUCCUCAGGGUCCAGAGUGCGAGAGCAUUUCUCUGUGGUGACAGCGCUUUUCGUUACUCAUUUCAGCACACAACACUGUAUCGUAUAUUGACAAAAUGUCAACCUAUUCUCAAAACAAUCCCAAUAAUCCGCAUGCCGACCCCGAGCUCUUCUAUGUCCGUCAGAACCGCAUUGGCAAGGGAAGUUUCGGAGAAGUUUACCAAGGCUAUGACAAACGAACGUCUUUACCAGUGGCCAUAAAAAUAAUUGACCUAGAGAGUGCCGAGGAUGAAAUUGACGACAUCCAACAAGAAAUACAGAUCCUCAGCCAGCUGGAUAGCGAGUUUGUAACGAGGUAUCAUGGGUCUUUUUUGAAAGGCUCACACCUCUGGAUCAUCAUGGAGUACUGUUCAGGAGGCUCGUGUUCUGACUUGAUGAAAGCUGGCGUUUUCAAAGAAGAAUACAUUGCAAUCUUAGCCCGUGAGCUCUUGAGGGGAUUGGAGUAUCUGCACGAAGAAGGGAAACUCCAUCGAGAUAUCAAGGCUGCCAACAUCCUUCUCACUGCCAACGGCGAUGUCAAGCUCGCAGAUUUUGGUGUUUCUGGUCAACUGACAGCCACAAUGACGAAGAAGAACACAUUCGUUGGAACGCCUUAUUGGAUGUCACCGGAAGUGAUCAAACAAUCUGGGUACGAUCACAAAGCGGAUAUUUGGAGUCUUGGCAUCACCUGUAUUGAAAUGGCCAUGGGUGAACCUCCAUAUGCCGACUUACACCCCAUGAAAGUGCUAUUCCUGAUUCCUAAGAACCCUCCUCCGCAAUUGGAUGAUCGUUUUUCCCGCCCGUUCCGUGAUUUUGUAUCCCUCUGUCUGCAGCGUGAUCCUCGCAACCGUCCUACUGCCAAAGAAUUACUGAAGCACAAAUUCAUCAAAACUGCGAGGAAAGCUUCUUACCUUACUGAGCUGAUAGAAAUGUACGAGAAGUGGAAGGCUGAAGGAGGGGCAAAACCCGCAGAUGACGGUGUCGGUGGAAUGUCCCAAGAACCCGCUUAUGGGCCCGCAGCCGAUGCGCUAUGGGACUUUGGGACCGUCCGCAAUAACUUACCUGGAACCGUUUCACGUAACACCGGACGCCCUCUUCCACCCACGAAUGGAAGCGUUAGUGGCCCUUCUGAUUCUCACAUGUCCACUCAAUCUGCCACACCUACUCGUACCAAAACAGAAGAAUUUCUCCCACCAUCGCUGAAUGGUCGAGCGCUCCCUACUACCCCAUCACGUGGUACCUCCACAUCUACAUAUGUGAAUUCUCCUGGUUACUCUCAAGGUAGCUCGACUCCGACUAGGACGAGGGAUGUUAGGCAAGCUAUGCACCCUACUGUCAGAGGGGCGAUGGUUUCUCCCCGUGCUCCAGCUCCUGCGCCGUCGCAGGUGCAACCUCCCAGACAUCAUCAUGACGAGCAAUUGGAAGAGAAUGGCGAUGACGAUGUAAUGCUUGAAGGUGUUAUUAUUCCCGCUCUCAGCAACCUCGCUACUCGUGUACCGAAUGACCAUGCGCGAGCGACCUUGGAUCGUCUACGCGACGCCUUCAUAGAAGCCGAGAGGUCUAUUCCGGGUGUCACCUCUGCGUUUGUAUUGGAAAUCGUUGAGAACGUAGAACAAAUCGAGGAGCAUUAGGACGUGAUGGCGCUGUUGUUGGCGGCGAUUUACUUGUGUAUAUUGUACGCGUACCACGAACGUUUCUGCAUGCUGGCGAAAUAAUGACUUUUGAUGAACCAUGAUGAUCUCUUCCCUAUUAAAAGCGCAGGAUUGAUUUCUGCGUGCCACAAUUGGUUCAUUUGAAGUGAAAUCAAUUAUUACAUACUAUACAUGCAGAUCAAACCCAAC